UUACACCAAGAACCAUGUGUGCCGAGCGGCUGCGCCAGUUCGUGACCCUGGCUUUGGUGUUGGCUACCUUCGACCCGGCGCGAGGGACCGACGCCACCAAUCCGCCCGAAGGUCCCCAAGACAGGGGAUCCCAGCAGAAAGGCCGCCUGUCCUUGCAGAACACAGCGGAAAUCCAGCACUGCUUGGUCAACGCUGGCGAUGUGGGGUGUGGCGUGUUUGAAUGUUUCGAGGACAACUCUUGUGAGAUACGGGGCUUACAUGGAAUUUGCAUGACUUUUCUGCACAACGCUGGAAAAUUUGAUGCCCAGGGCAAGUCCUUCAUCAAAGAUGCCUUGAAGUGUAAGGCCCACGCUCUGCGGCACAGAUUCGGCUGCAUAAGCCGGAAGUGCCCGGCCAUCAAGGAGAUGGUGUUCCAGUUACAGCGGGAAUGCUACCUCAAGCACGACCUGUGCUCUGCCGCCCAGGAGAACACCCGGGUGAUGGUGGAGAUGAUCCACUUCAAGGACUUACUGCUGCACGAACCCUACGUGGACCUGGUGAACCUGCUGCUGACCUGUGGGGAGGAGGUGAAGGAGGCCAUCACGCACAGCGUCCAGGCUCAGUGUGAGCAGAACUGGGGAAGUCUGUGCUCCAUCUUGAGUUUCUGCACGUCGGCCAUCCAGAGGCCUCCCACGGCGCCUCCCGAGCGCCAGCUCCAGGGCCACAGGACCAAGGUCUCCAGGGGCCACCACGGCGAGGCAGGUCACCACCUCUCGGAGCCCAGCAGUCAGGAGACCCGCCGAGGUGCCAAGGGCGAGCGAGGUAGCAAGAGCCACGCAAACGCCCACACCCGGGGCAGAGCGGCCGGCCACGGGGCCCAGGGAACUUCUGGAAGCAGCGAGCGGGAGGAUGAACAGUCUGAGUAUUCUGAUAUCCGGAGGUGAAACGAAAGG